AUGCGCAAAGUCGACGCCGAAAGACUGAAGAACGGACAAGACACGCUCUCGGAAGAAGUCAAGCUGCAAAUCAUCCAGACCAACAUCUUCGCCAGCGCCCUCCGCGUCGUCGAAUUCUUCAACCCGGGGGAAGACACACUGGAUCAUGCGCAGCACCCCACAGACCCAAACACGCCGACCAGCGCGCAAAUACCCCACACGUCGAAUCAUGCUGAGGAUGAGCGCUUCACACACGGCCUCUCAAGACGCGCCCACGAAAUCGCAAACAACCGCAAACUCAAGCUCGAGCUCGAACCCCUGCUCUCCGGCCCGCUUGCUGUCGUCGCGUUCCCCUCCGUCGCGCCGCAGUACCUCAAAGCCGUGCUGUCUAUCCUCGCGCCGUCCAAGGGCGAUUUCCCCGCACCCACGCGCAGGGCGAAUCCGGAUUACUACGAGCCGUCGGUACAGCAGGGACUGCAGAAGUUGAUGCUGUUGGGCGCGAGGGUGGAGGGCAAGGUGUUUGAUGUCGAGGGCACGAAGUGGGUUGGUGGGAUUGAUGGGGGUAUCGAUGGGCUGCGAGCACAGCUUGUACAUAUGUUGCAGGGAGUCGGCGGCAGCCUCACAAGUGCGCUGGAGGGCGCAAGCAAGAGCCUGUACUUUACUAUGGAGGGACGGAGGAUGGACAUGGAAGAGAAAGAGAAGCCAGCAGAGGAGAAGAAGGAGUAG